UUUAAUCCCCUAACGGGAUUCCCUUCAGAAUAACUACAGUCAUUCACAUUGCCUGCCUCCUCUUCAGACGGAUGAAGGCUGGAGAUGCUGGAGCAUCCAAUGCCAGUCCAGAUGUGAUUGUGAUUUGAUUCGGCCUCAACUGAGUUUUAUCCAUUUAUUUAUUCUCUUAUUAUUUCUGGACUUGGUAUUUGCCACUUGGCCGCUAUCAUCAACGCUGGACUGGGCUGCCCAUUCAAGGAUGACCAAUCACAUUGAGGCUCCAAUCUCAGAUGGACAUCACAUGAGCAUAGAAGACCUUCCCAAGCCAUGCUGGACUAAAAGAUGUAGUUGGCUAAGAAGGAAUCUUCUUUUAAUCCUCACCAUUGGAGGUGUACUAUUGGGCUCCCUUUUUGGCUGCCUCCUUCGUCUCCUUCCUCCUUUGGAUAGCAAUAUUCUGAUUCUGAUAUCAUUCCCAGGAGACAUUCUCAUGAGAAUGCUGAAAAUGCUUAUUUUGCCUCUGAUCAUCUCUAGCUUGAUCUCUGGUCUGGCUGGUCUUGACGCCAAGUCUAGUGGGAGGAUGGGUACUCGUGCCAUGGUCUAUUACAUGUCGACGACAAUCCUAGCAGCAGUACUUGGGGUUAUCUUGGUUCUCUCCAUCCACCCUGGCAAUCCCAAACUGAAGAAACAGGUCAGCAUAUCAUCAAAGAAUGAAGAGGUUUCUAGCAUUGAUGCCUUCCUGGACCUUAUAAGAAACCUCUUUCCAGAGAAUCUGGUACAAGCAUGCUUUCAGCAGAUUUCGACCGUUUCCAAGAAAGUUCCUGUUGCUCCCUCACCACUUGAGCUUAUGAAACCAGAAAAUAUUUCCAGCAUGUUUAGCAACAUAUCUCAGCCUAACAGCAGCAUGGCUGAAAUGGACACUGAGCCACUCAUGGUAACACAGAAGAAGCUGGAGUUUAAGAGUGGCAUGAAUGUGCUUGGGCUUAUUGGCUUUUUCAUCGCCUUUGGUAUUUCAAUGGGGAAGAUGGGGGAGCAGGCCAAAUUAAUGGCUGAUUUCUUUAACAUCCUCAACGAGAUCAUAAUGCGGCUUGUGAACAUGAUUAUGUGGUAUUCUCCAAUAGGCAUUGCUUCUUUGAUCUGUGGAAAAAUUGCAGGAAUCAAAGAUCUGGAAGUAGUGGCACGGCAACUGGGAAUGUACAUGGUCACGGUCAUAGUGGGUCUGGUCAUUCAUGGAGGGAUGGUUUUGCCCCUUAUCUUUUUCUCAAUCACCAGGAAAAACCCUUUUGCAUUCUAUGGUGGUAUAUUCCAGGCCUGGAUCACUGCUCUUGGAACAGCAUCCAGUGCUGGGACCCUCCCUGUGACUUUCCGGUGCCUGGAAGAGAACCUAAAGAUUGACAAACGGGUUACACGGUUUGUUCUGCCAAUAGGAGCCACCAUUAAUAUGGAUGGCACAGCCCUCUAUGAAGCAGUGGCAGCCAUCUUUAUUGCUCAGAUGAAUGACGUGUCCUUGGAUGGUGGUCAGAUAGCAACCGUGAGCCUGACAGCUACAUUGGCCAGUGUAGGUGCUGCUAGUAUCCCCAGUGCAGGCCUUGUCACGAUGCUGCUCAUCUUAACUGCUGUCGGCCUCCCAACCCAGGACAUUAGUCUGCUGAUAGCAGUGGAUUGGCUGCUUGACCGCAUGCGUACAUCUAUCAACGUUGUGGGUGACUCCUUUGGAGCCGGUAUAAUCUACCACUUGUCCAAAGAGGAGCUGGCAGCCAUAGAUGCCAAACAUGAUGCUAAGGACGGGGCCGAUAUGGUCAAGCUGCAAUUAAUGAACCACGAAGACCUCAAGAAGCCCCUCAGAGAGAGCAGGAAUACCCCUCCUUUCUCAGGCUACACCUCCCUGCCUAGUGAUGAGUAUGAGGUAGAAGUAGAGCAAGCAAUGCGUCUUUAGUCCAGCUGACAUUGCUGCAGGUUUACUUUUGGGCUCUUAGGCCUGGAUUUAGAGUCAGAGUAAUGCUUGAAGGGCGUAUUCCAAAUAUGAAGGAAAAACCUAUUUGAAUCAGGAAUGUGUUUUUAAACUGUACCUUUCUGUACCCCUUGAUUAUUUGUCUCCUGUUUAUAUUUCAUCAACAGAUGGAGGAACGAUGCUGUGCAUGCAACAUAACCACAUGCGCAAUGCUUGAUUCAGGUCUUGAAACACAAAGCAACCAAUCACGUCUGCUUUCAAACAGUGGAUUA